AUGCCCAUGUACAAUGGUCGCACCUCGGUGCGGCAGUAAGGAGCAUUCAUUUGCGCAGGUUUGCUGAGAAGAAGACUACUACUACUACUACUACUACUAUUACUACUACUACUACUACUACUACUACUACUACUACUACUACUACUAUUACCACGAUUACUGCUACUAAUACUGCCACUACUGCCACCAGUGUUUGACGAGGCAAGGCGGCCAGUUUACGCUUGCCACAUACGGCCUGGUCCCCGCUGCACGUGUCAGGCUGUCGUCGCAACCCCCAGUCCCACUAUCGCCGCGACCUCCGGCAAUAUCACUGUAAUUACCAAGAACAGCAAAGUUCUUACCACCGCUGCUGCAUAGAAGCACCUACUUCACGUUCCCGUCGCAAUCGUCCCUCUCCACCCUUUCCCCGCGCUUGCUAAUCAUCGCGCUCACUCCUAUCUCACACGCCUCACUCGCUGUUUUCUUGUUUCUGUACAGGUUUGAACCUAUUUGGUCCUACUUACAGUGGACUGGAGUACGACUAUCGCGGUCUCCAGCGAGUGUACCGCAAGCUGGGUGAGACAGCCAAACUUCAGCACUACCAAACUCUGUUUGAUGAGUGGCACAUGCAACGCCAAAGUCUUCGCUUUUUGGAGCCCACAGAGAACGAGCCGAUCGAACCCAGCUUCCGCUCCGCCAACCCUGAGGUAGAACAGCGGCUGACGCCGACGGAGACGGCGUCGGAGGAGAACGAGGAGGAGGAGGAGGAGUCAGCACUCGCCCAGCUGUUGGACGAGUACCGCCUGGAGUUUGGCCCUACCUUUGGACAGUCCGCUACUGCUCCGGGUUCCUCCAAGGUUGAACCCUCCUCCGAUUCUUCUCCGGCCUCGCCCGGUCGAAGUGUCAGCCCUGCGCCGGGCGGUGAAAACAGCCGCUCGACUGGCUACUGA